GGGUGCCAGUAAAAGAAAGAAGAAGAAGAAGAAGAAGAACUGCGCGUGAGGUCUGGCAACCCCGAUGAUGACGUACACCACGUCAACUUCAACGGACUGCAACUGUUCAAAAACCCCACACACCUCUCCCUUUCUUUACACGAACUCUGAUUCUUUAAAAACGGGAAACCAUGUAAUCGUUCACAGAUAACACGGUGAGUGUGAAUGCACUACCAGCACGAUCACGCGAGGUGUAGUUUAAACGUUAACGGCUCGUUUGUUUCUGAAUGUCGCGCGCGAGCUAGCCUAGCUUCCUUGCUUCAGCCUCGGAGAAUUUACGUUUUUUCAGCCAACUAUCACAGCUUACCUUAUUAUCCACUUGCCAGAACUAGGAUAAUGUUCUUAAGUCAAUCAUGACCUCAUUGUCAUCACCACCACCACCAUCAUCAUCAUCAUCAUCAUCAUCGUCUCAGUUAACGGGGUCAAGCUCUUCAUGCAGGACUCUUCCAGGGGAAGGGACUCAGGUCCACCCCAGAGCUCCGCUACUGCAUAUCUUGAGAGUAGCAGGUGCUCGGGAGGAGUUGUUUACCCUGAAGGAGAUCAUGCACUAUCUGGGUCAGUACAUCAUGAUGAAGCAGCUGUAUGACAAACAAAGACAGCACAUCGUCCACUGUCAAGAUGACCCACUCGGAGAGCUACUGGAAGUGGGGAGCUUUUCCGUUAAGAACCCCAGUCCUGUGUAUGAGAUGUUGAAGAGGAAUUUGUUUAUUUUGAACAAUUCGGAUGCAGCAAAGAAUCUUUCAGUCGGCAAGGAUUCUAAUGAGUCUCCAAGUGAAGAUCCUGGUCAGGUUUCCAGUGGUUCGAUUAGCUCUGGACAAGCUCUCAUUGCUGGUAGUUCCAGCACUGGUGCAACGCAGAGCUGCUCACAACGCAGGCCACGUGAUCCUGAUGAAGAUUCCUCAGACGGCUUGCCCAGGUCUGCUUGCAAACGGCCAAAGCUGGAUGUUACUCUGGAAGAGUGGGACCUUUCUGGGUUGCCCUGGUGGUUUCUGGGUAACCUGCGAAGUAAUUACACUCGCCGGAGCAAUGGUUCAACGGAUAUUCACACCAAUCAACUCUCUCCUGGACAGGACGAGGAUACGGCCAUCGUUUCUGACACCACAGAUGAUCUUUGGUUCCUGAAUGAGGCAGAGAGCGAGCAAGUGAGUGUGGAGAUGAAGGAGGCAGUGCUGGAGCAGGGAAGUGACGUGGAGUCUCCACAUGAAGAAGAGGAGACUGGGAAAGAUAGUAAAGAUACCAAGAAGAUGCAAGAAGAUGAGGAUGAUGACUCUCAGUGUUUAAGUGAUGACACUGAUACUGAGAUCUCCACACAGGAUGCGUGGCAGUGUUCAGAGUGCCGCAAAUUUAACACCCCUCUUCAACGGUACUGUAUGCGCUGUUGGGCUCUGCAAAAAGACUGGUACAAGGAUUGUCCUCGUCUUGUACACUCCAUCUCUGUGCCAGACAUCCCCGCCUGCAGUUCACGUCCUGAGAGGGAUGAAGACGAGGAGGAUGAUGAUGGAAUCGACAUGCCUGACUGCCUUAGGACUGUGUCUGACCCAGUCGUCCUCCCCUCGCACCACGUCUCUAGAAACAUCCCCCCAUCAUCCGCUUCCUCGUCUAAAGGAAAGGGUCCUUCCCAGCUUCACCACCACUUACAGGAGAGCUCGGAGGGAGACAGCCAGGACACGCUGGACAUGGAGACGGAAUGCCAACCGGAGGCCAUAAUGGAACCCUGCAAGCUGUGCCGAGUGCGGCCCCGAAACGGCAACAUCAUCCACGGCCGCACAGCUCACUUGAUCACCUGUUUCCCCUGUGCCCGCAAGCUGCACAAAUUUCAUGCUCCUUGCCCAGGCUGUGGCCAGGUUAUACAGAAGGUCAUUAAAACCUUCAUAGCAUGACCAAAGCAUCUUAAAGGCAUGCAUGAAUUAUAAAUGCACACUCAUAUACUAAUUUAAAAAAUGUUUCCUUGUACAUAUACAGAAGGCGGCAGGAAAAUUGACAAACCAUUUCUGGGCUAAAAUGAAAGCACAGUGUAUCAGUGUAAUAGUACAGUGUAUCUAUGAUUUAUAUUGAAUUACAAAUCAAGUAUAAAUAAUGUACAGAAUGUAAUUUAAAGAACGUGGGCUCGUAUUGAUGGUUUGCCAUUUUGUUAGCAUAACAAAUGCCUUUGCCUCUGCUUUCUGUCAGGUGAAGGAGAGGGUUAGCCGCCAUGAUUUUCUACUGAUAGUGGAAAGGUAUAAAUCAUGGGUCAAAAAUAAUAUUUGACCCAGAAGAAUUGCAUGGCUUCAGUAUUUGUGCCUGCAUAAAUAAUUAAAAUCCUAACCUUUACUACUUUAAACGGACCAGACAGUUUGUGUUAAGCGCAUUUAAAAGGCCUUUCAUUAUACUUGACCAACAUUGGUUUUACUUUAUUUGAGAAAAAUAGACUAUGGUUUUUCUUUUUUGCAUAUUUUUUGCAUAUUUUUUUUGCAUAUUUCAUGCACUUAAAGACUAAAGCUCUAGGAAUCACUCCAACGUGAUGUUAAGUACGCCUGGUGAAGGGUUUUUCUUUGGAUAGGUGCUUUAAGCGGAUUACAUGGGAAUAUUUAUUUAUUUAUAAACUUUAGUUUUGGUAGAUGACAUCUAAUGGGAUGAACAGUCACAUGUCAUUCCUGUGCUAUAGUGAGAGAACCAAUUGUAUUACAGAUGGUAAAGUAUUUUAUAUAUACAUAACCUUAUAUAUAAGCUUUUCAUGUAUGGGAGCUACAAUAAAAAUAAAGUGUAAUUAGGCCAAUGGCCAUGGUUUUCACUUCCUAACCCUUCCUUUGGUUGCUGAAGAUGCUCAGUUCCUUGUUCCAUUGUUUGUUUGUUUUUCUGUACCUGAACAGAUCUCAUGUAUGAUUGAGGGCAAUUUGUGUUCUGUCUGUUCAUCCUUCUGCCUCUCAUCCACACACGUGUCUGUUUAAUGAAGGUUAAGGAACCUAUGUGUGGAGCAGUUAGCAGGAAUUCUUCUUUUUCAUGGAACUGCCAGGUGAGAUGACAUAUAUGGAAAAAAAGUGUUUUGAAAGCAAAGUCUGCCGUGCCUUUUAUUUUUUCCAAAAUGGUCAUUUAUUGUUAGCAGUGUUAAGUAAAAUUUUAUGGAUUUUAGGGUUAUUGUCCUCUGCUUUUCUUAGUACUGUGUUGUUUCCUGUAACAAAGCGGAUUCAGUCUCUGUGGUGCAUUAAGUGCAUUGAGGGCUCUUUGAAAAGGAAAUCUGUUGUCCUCAGCCUUUAGAGGGCGAAAGCUUUCACAUACGUUAAACCCACUAGCUUUGCUUAUUUCUAAUUAAUGCUGUUAUGAGGAUGUCCAUUUAAAUUUCUUAUCUUGUGUGUGGUACAAACUGCUAUUUCACUGCCAUUAUGCCUCAUAGUAUGGAAUCGAAAACAAAUUCAUCCUAAGCCAAUGCAAUUAUAUAAUAACGUUUAUUUGAUUGUUUAGUAAGUUUGUUUGCUUGUUUGUUUUAACAAAACCUUGUUUCUGCUCUGAUUUAAUCUGAACAGUAUUUUUUGUUUGUUCUUUUAACUGUAGAAUAAUCAAUGGGAAUAAAUGCUAUCGUUCGUUUGUA